CCCCCGACUGUGUCUCCGUCUCGCGCUAGUCAAAGGUGAGGGAUUAUUCUUGCUUUUGGAAUGUGGCCUGGAGGUGAAAGACUCCGAGAGCGACCGUGUUAGAGAGAACGGAGAACAAGAAAUGUGAUUUUUAAAGGCAGGAUCACAUCUCUUCACCAAGACCAAGUUGAUAGAACUCUAUCGAAGUUGCUUUUUUACAGAAUGGGACUCCAGGAGGAGGUACAGACUCUCACUCCUGGGAAGAGAGGAGAGGCUGAGCUGGGAGUUAUAAAGAACCACCUGGGAGAGGAAGAGGACGACGACGAGAGACAAGAGGCGGAUCAGAGGGAGGAACGUCAAGAAAGCCCGGGGCUGAGGAGGAGUGUAGUUGGAAAGCUCAACAGGUGGCUUUACCUGAGUAGCACAGGGAAUGGGGGGUGGAGGAAAGGGGAAGUACUAGGAAUGAGGACGGACCGGUUGCCUCCCUUCCUCCAAGACAGCAGUGCGCUACAAUCAUCUACGGAAGACUUCGACUUGGCUGGGGAAGAAAAAGCAUGGACCGAAGAACUCCAUGCUGAUCUUUGCCACAUUCCCGUUAAGGAGCUAAUUUGUAAUGUGGAAAAUGCAACAGAACCUCAUGUGGCGGUCUUCCGAAGGCCUGCACAUGGGCUACGGCUCCUGGGCAGCAGAAGAACGGUGAGCAUGUUCGUCUUCCCAGACGACACCAGGAGACACCAAACCUCAGCGACCAACCACCAAGACAACUCUCGGAGUGAUUGUAUGUUGGAAGCUACCAACUCAAAUAACAAUCUUCAGCCUACCUCGACCCAUAAUAAGCAAGGUUGUCCGGAUGUGGUCCAACGGUGUAGGACAAGACGCGCAGAGCUUCGUGCGAUAGACGGUCUAAAAUCCGACAUGCCGCCUUCUGUCAGCCUGGUUCAUCGUCAACUGGAAGAACCACCAAGACAUCGGACUUUGAAAAGCAAGAACAAACCACGGCCUGUUAGCAUGACCGUUCUUGAGCUCAAUAAAGAGUGUAGUGGAUCCCGGGAUGAGCUCGCAAGUCACGCUUCCACUGGCACCGGGAGUUUGCCUCGUCCUGGCUUCCGAUGGAGAUGGUUUGGUCGACAGGCAACUGGAAAGCAACUGGAGACUUCAGCGAAGCUGAAGGAACCUAACAAGACGGAAGAACCGAAGACAACCUUCGGAUCCCUGCGGAGGAGCUUGAGUCUACGGAUGAGGCGGAACCGGUAUCAAGUUGAACAGGAGAAUCGAAAUGAACGGAGACGCACUUCAAGUAUUAGCGAGCAAUCGAUGCAAACCACUCGCCCGUUUUCCUACCUUACUGGGAGGACGCUAACGCCAGCUCAGGAGCAAGAUGAGGAUCAAGGGGCCACGCAGUAUAUCCAGUACCAAACUCAGGGCAAGGUGGCAGUCUUGGAGGUCCCACUCCGUCCUGCCAAACUAACAAAGCCCACCAAGCAAUUGCAACCAGAGACUAGUUUCUGGCAGCUGAUUGCUAGUCGUUUUAAGAGGAAAGACCCGUUGUCCAGCAACAAAUCUGAGCUGUGCUCUGAAAGCCAAGCAGUUGGCUGCCACCCCCCUGCGAGAAAUAAAAAGCCAGAUUCUGUUGCUAUAGAGACUCCAGCUGGCAUUGGUUUCCGCAAAGGUCAAGAUUCCUUCGUUAACAGUCAGGAAUGGACAUUGAGUCGAUCAGUACCAGAGCUCAAAGUGGGCAUCGUGGGAAACCUGUCCAGUGGGAAGUCAGCGCUAGUUCACCGGUAUCUGACAGGAACAUAUGUCCAGGAGGAGUCGCCCGAGGGAGGGAGGUUUAAAAAGGAGAUUGUGGUGGAUGGACAGAGUUAUCUCUUGCUGAUCAGGGAUGAAGGCGGCCCGCCAGAACUGCAGUUUGCUGCCUGGGUGGACGCAGUGGUGUUCGUCUUCAGCUUGGAGGAUGAGAUCAGCUUCCAGACCGUUUAUAACUACUUCCUGCGUCUUUCCAGCUACAGGAACACGGCAGAGGUUCCCAUGGUGCUGGUGGGGACGCAGGAUGCCAUCAGCGCUGCCAAUCCGAGAGUGAUAGAUGACGCCCGGGCUCGAAAACUGUCCAAUGACCUGAAACGCUCCACGUAUUACGAAACCUGCUCCACCUAUGGGCUUAACGUGGAGAGAGUCUUUCAAGACGUUGCUCAGAAAGUGGUGGCGCUGAGGAAAAAACAACAGCUUUCUAUUGGUCCGUGUAAAUCUCUGCCCAACUCUCCCAGCCACUCGUCGGUCCCGGCCGCGUCCAUCCCCUCUGUACACAUCAAUCAGGCUGCUAAUGGAGGAGGCGCGUUCAGCGAUUACUCCUCCUCAGUUCCCUCCACCCCCAGCAUAAGCCAGAGGGAGAUGCGCAUCGAGACGGUGGCCGCCUCCAACACUCCCACACCCAUCCGCAAGCAGUCCAAACGGCGCUCCAACAUCUUCACAUCACGGAAAGCCAGUGAUCAGACAAAGAGCAUUGAGAGUAAAACUGACAGUAUAGGGAGUGGAAGGGCCAUACCCAUCAAACAGGGGAUUUUAUUAAAAAGAAGUGGGAAGUCACUUAAUAAGGAGUGGAAGAAGAAAUACGUCACUUUGUGUGACAACGGUCUGCUCACGUACCACCCCAGUUUACAUGACUACAUGCAGAACGUCCAUGGUAAAGAAAUUGAUUUGCUGCGAACGACGGUGAAGGUUCCCGGGAAAAGGCCGCCCAGAGCAGUGGCGACGGUCGCCCCUACAGCCAGCCCCAAAACCAACGGACUGACCAAAGACCGCAGCACUUUACAACUCGGCAUUGGGGCCACAAGCACUCCUCACUCUAACAGCAGCAGUUCCCUGCAGUCCGGGGGUUCGGUGGCCGGUGUGGCUUUGGGGAGUAAUAAAGAGGGAAUGCACCAGCGUUCGUUCUCCGUGUCCAGUGCAGAACAGUGGAGUGAGGCCGUUAUCAGCACCACAGCAGCCAAUGGAAUGACAGAUCCUCUCAGCUCCGCCCCUGGCAUGAGCAGCGCCACCAGCCCCAAACUUGAACCUCCACCAUCACCUCACGCCAACCGCAAGAAACACAGACGGAAAAAGAGCACAGGCAUAACCAAACCGGACGGCCUUUCUGCAGGGAAUGAAGAGCAAGAGGAGUCGUUUGAGUUCAUCAUUGUGUCCCUGACGGGUCAGAUGUGGCAUUUUGAGGCGUCCACGUAUGAGGAGAGAGAGCUCUGGGUUCAGGCCAUUGAGAGCCAGAUAUUUGCCAGUCUACAGUCCUGUGAGAGCAGCAAGAACAAGUCUCGAUUAGGAAGCCAGAGUGAUGCAGUGGCCAUCCAGUCCAUCAGGAACGUGAGGGGAAACAGCUUCUGUGCAGACUGUGACGCCCCCAAUCCGGACUGGGCCAGUCUAAACCUCGGUGCUCUGAUCUGUAUCGAGUGCUCCGGGAUGCACAGGAACCUGGGCACCCAUCUGUCCCGCGUACGCUCUCUGGACCUGGACGACUGGCCGGUGGAGCUCAGCAUGGUGAUGACAGCCAUCGGGAACGCCAUGGCCAACAGCGUAUGGGAGGGCUGUGUAGAGGGAUACACCAAACCCGGGGUGGACAGCACCAGGGAAGAGAAGGAGCGCUGGAUCCGGGCGAAGUACGAGCAGAAGCUGUUCCUGGUGGGUCUUCCUCAGUCCGACGUGCCGCUGGGACAGCAGCUCCUGCGGGCCGUGGUUGAGGACGACCUGAGGCUGGUGGUUCUCCUGCUGGCCCACGGCACCAAGGAAGAGGUCAACGAGACGUAUGGGGACGGAGACGGACGUACCGCCCUGCACCUGUCCUGCGCCAUGGCUAACGUGGUCAUCACGCAGCUGCUCAUCUGGUACGGCGUGGACGUGAAGAGUCGCGACGCCCGCGGUCAGACGCCCCUGUCCUACGCCCAGCGCGCAGGAAGUCAGGAGUGCGUCGACAUCCUCAUCCAACACGGCUGUCCCGGGGACGGCGGCGGCGGACUGUCGACGCCCACGGCCACCCGACACAAUCCCAACAUCAACAACAACGCUCAAUGCGAGCUGAACCGUAGUGUUAGCAUCAUGUGAUCGUGGCCCGCAGUGUCUCUAGUGUCUCUUCUCAGAGCGUCCAUGUUGAUGUUCCCAUAGAUGCUGCUCUCGUUAAAUGCCAUCGUUUCCCUCAGCAGUACGUCUUUAUUAGGAAACUGUGCGUAGUGCCACGCGUGUCACGUAAACCCAUUACCCCAUGACGACUUCCUGUGACCAAUGUUAGCGAGAAUUAGCAGUGUUAACAUUAUCAAUGCGUGUUAUUUUUAAGCUGAAGAAAAUUAUGUUUUUAAGGAUCCUUUCUUGUGUGUGUAUAGAACAAAAAAAAUGAAAUGAUGGGCAACAAGUUCUAAACAAAAUAAGUUUUAUUUUUAAGGUGCAUCGAUUUAAAAAAUAAUCUGAUGACAGUAAUGGAUCCUCCGCAUUGCGCCCAUACGUUUUUGUCCAUCGGAACAUUAAAUUAUGUUGUUACAAGGACAGUUAAUCUAAAAAUGACAAUUCUGUUAUUUCAAACUCUUAUUUGAAAUUUCAAACAAAACACACAAAUAAGAUAUUUUGAAGAAUGUUGGUGACCAAAACGUUUUGGUUUCCAUUGACUUCCAUUAUGUCGACAAGUCAGUGGGAACCAAAACUUUUUGGUCACCAACAUUCUUCAAAAUAUGUUCUAGAAUGACAUGAGGCAGAGUAAAUAAUGACAAAAUUUUCAUUUUUGGGUGAACUAUCCCAUCAAAAUCAACGAUUUUGAUGAAACCUGUCAAGAACAUGUCUAUGUAUUUCACCCUAAAGUCAAAAGAAAAUAAAAUAGCUUUACUACUUUCAUUUUAAGGUUUAAGUAAGUGUCAGAUAUUUGCAUUUUAAUUUUUUUUAUUUGAAUCGCUACAAAAUACUUUGGAAGCCCAUUUUGGCCACUGAAUAAAAAAUAAAAUGUAAUUGCGACUUACCUCACAAUUAUGACUUUUUUUCUCUCCGAAUUUCUGCAAUUCCAAAUUUUUUUCUUACGAAUCUGUAUCUUGCAUUUCAGACUUUAUCACAGAUUUGAUUCUCGCAAUUCAGAAUUUUUUUCUCGUAAUUUCAAGUUUAUCUUGCAAUUCUGACUUUUUAUCCUCACAAAUUUGUAUCUCACAAUUCAGAAUUUCUUUUCUCGCAAAUUUGUAUCUCGCAAUUCUAACAUUUCUCUUGCGAAUUUGUAUCUCGAAAUUCCGAGUUUAUAUCUCGCAAUUCUGACUUUUUUCUCACAAAUUUGUAUCUUGCAAUUCUGAGGUUUUUCCUUGUAAUUAUGAGUCUAUCUCGUAUUUCAGAAUUUUUUUUUUUUGCAAUUACGAGUUCAUAUCUCGCAAAUCUGACGUUUCUCACAAAUUUGUAUCUCGCAAUUCUGAGUUUAUGUCUCGCAAUUCUAACAUUUUUCUUGCGAAUUUGUAUCUCGGAAUUUCAAGUUCAUAUCUCACAAUUCCGACUUUUUUCUCACAAAUUUGUAUCUCGUAAUUCUGAGUUUAUAUCUCGCAAAUCUGACUUUUUUUCUCACAAAUUUGUAUCUCGCAAUUCUGACAUUUUUUUCACAAAUUUCGUAACUCAAACUUUUUUCUAGCAAUUACGAGUUUAUAUUGCAAUUCAGACUUUUUUUCUCGCAAAUGAUGAGUUUAUAUCUUGCAAAUCAGACUUUUUCUCUUUCAGUUGCAAGUUUAUAUAUCUCAAUUCUGAGAAAAAAAAGUCUGAAUUGUGAGAUUUAAAAAAUCACCUUUUUUAUUUUUUAUUCAGUUGUGGAAAUGGAAUAAAUAAAAUACUAUAUUAUAAUUAUAUUAAAAAUAAUAUUGAAAGGAAUAAACAGUAGAAUAUGUAUUAAAAAUUUGGAGAAACAAAAAAAGAUGCAUUUUAAUAAUUAAAAUUUUGGUGGAAAAAUGUGCAGAAAAAAUCACAAUGCAAAGCAAACUUAAUAUUCCUUAAUUUUUUACAUGCAAAAUAUAUUUUGUAAUUUUUUAUUUUGACUUUUGGUGACCUGGGCAUAUUCUUGUUAAGUUGUGUUCUUGUUGAUUUUUCCAAUUUAUGCUAAACACCGAACAUUUAAGUGCAUAUUUCACUCAAGCUUCACCACCGUUGUGCCCUUGAACAGAGCUCAAAAACACUAAGACUGCUGGGUAACACAUUACCAUUUGUAGCAUCAGUGCAAUAUAACCAAACCCAAAUCAUCCCACUCAUUGCUGUUUUACACUUAGCCUUUACAUGAUUGUCUUGGAAAGGCUUGAUUACCUGACGAAUACUGUGUUAUUACGGAUGCCUUGUGCGAAUCAUUUCCGGACCGGUCUGAAGUGGUCUUAUAACAGUUUGACACUGACGUCCCUCUCUUGCCUAAUGACAGAUCCAUUCAGUAGCAGCGGACGGUACCGACCCAC